GCUGCAGUGGCCUUGCGGAGGGUUUGCACGCUUCGGCCCUUACCAGACCCCAGCACAGAUCGCUUGGCCUUUGAGCUGGGCGUGCUUAGAUUUGGAGUUAAGGCGGCCCGGGGUCAGACGAUCGACUCGCUCGCCAGGCGCUUGGAGCGGUUCGGCUUCUAUUACGACGCCUCCGCGCCGGCGGAAGAUAUCGGCGACAGAUUGGCCUUGGAGAACCUGUUUGACAAGACCUUCGGCCAUUUCGGAGGGAGGUACAAGCACAAGGCUAGGCACCUGAAGGUGCUGUUGCCGCCGGCGCUUGCCAGUCAGGCCAUCCCAAUCCCUACGGAACGCGUCCGCAAGGUGCUGGUGAUUGACUGCCUGGGCCGCGCUCGCGCCACUUAUGUGGGCGUGCGCGUUGAGGCGAGUUGCAAACGGGCGGACCUUUUGAUGGCUCUGGCGCCGAUGCUUCGUCCUGAGUUCUCCCCUUCCAGAGAACUUCUCCACCUGGUGUACUUCUCAGAUUUUGAAUACCUUGCUUCCGUCGAACUUAUUGAGGACUUGGAGUUGCGUAACACCGUCUCAGCAGUUUCCUUCUUCAUUUGCAUGAUUUGCCAUUCCGCAGCUACUCGUUGCCGCCGCCAGCGUCGGAAGGGCUCUUGCGCCGGGGUACGGCAACCACCGGAACGCCGGCGGACGCAAGACCGAACCCCUGAAAACCCUUUCAGUGGGAAUCGGUGGGCCUCCGUGCCUGCUUGGCUGGUGGUGCACGUCCGGCAGUACACGCCGCCGCUGGGCCCGGACGCGGCGGCGCCGGCGGAACGGAGCAGCAAAUGUACGACGCGACUCACGGCUCCGCUGCUGGUGCCGUUGCGCAAGGAGCACGUGAAGGGCAGCUCCUCCGCAGCUAAGGAGUUGACCUCGGCGGUGCUGCGCGCGCUGCAGACAUACCGUAUAGCGGGAGCUCCGGCCCCUGCACAGUCGUCCAUCGUUGUGUUGCUUGGCAACAGGAGCACUUUGGCAGAGCGUCUAUCGCCCACGAACAGGUUGUGCUGGGGCCCCUCGGGCGCCCGCAUGGAUACCUGGGAUUUCGAUGAUGACAACAUGGUGCAGAUGACGGUCGUGUUGCCGCACAACCUGCCGGCAUCGUGUUACCGAGUGGACGAGAUGCGCACGCCAGCGGUGGACCGUAGCGCAUCGCAAGAGGCUAUGCGGGAGUCUGAUGCCAACAUGGCUGACGCGAGGCACCGAGCGGCGUUGAUCAAGUCGCAAAAGGACAAGUAUUCCAUGGGCGCGAUGCCGCGCCAAGGCGCCUGUAUGGUCGCUACCGACGUUGCGUUGCGACCGCUGAGCUCGCGACCGGGCGCGGAUGCCCGCGAGGGGGAGCUUUUCAUCAAGGUGUUCACUUGGACCACCAACGCCCUGGGUCGCAAUUCUCUGUUUUUGCCGUGGGACGACUGGCCGUCCACUGGCAAGCGCCAGGAAGCUAUGAACGCGCGGUUCCCGCUGGCGAAAACCAUGGAGCUGCUCAUCACCUGCGACCCAGACGAGCCUCAUGACCAAGCGACCGGAACGGCCGCGGCGGGUGCUGCCGCGGCUGCAGCUGCCGCCGCCGCCUCUGCCGCCGGCCCGUCAAAACCGCACGCGUUCGCCUCCGCCGCCAACACCAGCUCCAGCUUGGGUGCCGCCGCCGGAGGAGGAGGAGGGCCGCAGGCGGAGCAGCUGCGGCAGCGCGUGCUCUCGGAGCGGCGGCGAGCCGUGCAGAUGGUGGAGGGCAUCAAGAAGCUGUGGGGCGACCAGCUGGAUCGGUCGAUUGAGAAGCUUCUAGACUUCAUGCAGAGCGGUGAGCGGCCUGCGGUGCAGCAACCGCCGGGCUUGACCGUCACCAUGCGGCCCUACCAGCUGCAGUCCCUGGCAUUCAUGCUGGAGAUUGAGCGGCUUGUAGACCGUCCCACCGCGAACGGUGCGGAGGGCGGCGCUGGGCCGUCCACAUCCUCAGCCCCUGCGGCUACCGGCCAGGCUGCUGCAGCUGCUGCUGCUGCUGCUUCGUCGCUGGUGGACCCAGCGGACGCACCCGACGGCGGCUGCCCCGGCGGCUACCGGCGUUUGUUCUGGCUGCCCGUCACCAAUGCGCAGGGGAAGCGGUACUGGUACUCGCCAGUGUUUGAACGCCUCACACGGGUGGUGCCCGCCCAGUCGACCGGUGGCUUCUUGGCGGAGGAGAUGGGGCUGGGCAAGACGGUGGAGGUGAUGGCGCUGAUCCUGGCGAACCCGCCGGCGCCCUCGGUGGUCGCGGGCAGGGAGCUUUCGUGCGGGCGCAUCGUGUCUCGCGCCACGCUGGUGGUGUGUGCGGUGUCCCUGGUGGGACAGUGGCAGAUGGAGGCCGCCAGCAAGACCACCAGGGCCAUCCGCAUCCACCCGUACCACGGGCCGAGCCGCAUCCGUGACCCGAUGCGUCUUGCCACCGAGUUCGACGUCGUGGUUACGACGUACCAAACCCUCCAGAGCGACCACGCGGGUGGCUCCAAGGACCCCUGCCAACAGAUAAGGUGGCACCGCAUUGUGUUUGACGAAGGGCACACGCUGCGCAGCGUGGCCUCUAAGAUGUACAAGGCGGCAAUUGAGCUGGUGGCGGAUCGCAGAUGGAUCUGCACGGGCACUCCCAUUAACAACGCGGUGGAGGACCUGCAGGGGCAGUUCGGCGCCAUCCACCUGACGCCGCUAGGCAAGAAAACCUACUUUGACUCGCACGUGAAGCUGCCUUACCACCAGGUUUGGACGCCGCUGCUAUACGUCCUUCGCCACACCAUGAUUCGCCACACCAAGGGCCAGAACCUGGGUGGUGAGGGCGUGCUGCAGCUCCCGGAUAAAACGGAGACGGAUGUGCCUGUGUACUUGACGGCACAGGAGCAGGAGCUGUACCGCAAGGUGCACGGAGAGGCGCAGCUUGGCUGGCAGAAGCUCAAGGUUAGUGUUGUAUCACGUCUUGUCAAGUGCAAGAAAAGAACCGAUCGGCGGAUGCUAGAUCCCGUGAUACCCAGGAUACUACAGUUAGUUGUCAAUGAAGCCCAGGAGGAGGAGGUUGUUGCUGCUGUGUCAGGGUGGCCGGCGGGCGGAUGCUGGCCAGGGACCUGGCGAUUCCAGAUCCUGAGCGCUUCUCGGCCCUGGCAGGCGAGUAUCCGUGCGAAGAACCAACCCACGGUAAACGGCGGCAGUGGCGGCGGCGGCGGCGGCGGCGGCGGCGGCGGUGGCGCUGACGCCGAAGCGGAGAGCACGGAGGUGCCUAUCCCGGCGGACAUCGCCGAGUGCCCCAUUUGCGUGGACACUCUGGACCAGCCGGUGGUGACGCAGUGCCGCCACUGGUUCUGCCGGGAAUGCAUCAUUGGAUGGAUCAAUGCAUCGGCACAUCAUGAUUGUCCGGCGUGUCGCCAGCCCGUGACAGUUGUCAGCCUGCGCCGUGGCUGCGUCAGUGCGCGGCGGGCCGCGGCGCAGGGCGGUACAAGCAAUGAGGACGAGGCGACCAGCGGCUCAGACGAAGUCGGCAUCCCCUGCGAAAGCAAGCUGCGGAUGCUGCUGGCGGAGCUGCGCGCUAUGCGGGCCGCGGAUCCCACCGCCAAGGCGCUGGUGUUUACACAGUUUGGACAGACGCUCGACUGGUUGAAGCCCAAGCUGGUCGCGGAGGGUUUCGGCCACAGUACCAUUACUGGCCACCCAUGUGACAUGACGCAGAAGAAGCGCACCGAGGCUAUUGACUCUUUCCAGCGCAACCCCAAGACCUGCGUCUUCUUGUUGUCCAUGCGCUCUGGCGCAGUGGGCAUCAACUUGACCGCGGCCAACUAUGUCUUCCUGCUGGAGCCCUGCAUGAAUCCGGCCAUGGAGGAGCAUGGUAGCCACACCGCAACCCUCAAAUCAGCCCGCCUGCCGCGGCAUAUUGUGUUCAGGGCCAUCGGGCGCGCGUGGCGCAUGGGUCAGCAACGGCCAGUCGUCGUCAAGCGCUUCUUUGUGAAGGUGAGCCCAGGCUCCGUAGAGGAGCGAGUCAUGGAGGUGGUCAAGACGCGCAGGUUGGCUGGUAACGGCGCCGGCGCCAGUACCAGUAACGCAAGCCCAAGUCUCCUGCUACUGGGGAAUGGCCACCACGACAGCCACGGCGCUGCUGCCGCCGCUGUCGUCGGGUCGCUGCGGCAGGACAGAACCGACCUACGGCUGAACGAGCUGGAGAUGCUCUUUCGCGACCCUGACUUUCCCCCGCCUGUCCCUGCUGGUGGCGGUGGCGGUGGCGGUGCAGCUGCAGCGGCGAACUCGUAG